UGAUUCAGUCAGUCCGGCCGCGUGCCCCAAGCCGGAGAGGCGUCCCAGCGAGUCCGCAGCGAGUCCCACCAGAGCGCUGCCGCCGUGCCGCGCCGCCCAGCGAUACGCAGUUCGCAGUGCAGCACCGCGUCGACGUGCACUCCGCCGCGAACCCCGCAAACAUGGCGGGACUUCCCCGCGUCGCCGCCAUCGCCGUCCUGGCCGUCGUCCUGGCGCUGUGGACCCGGCCGGCGUCAGCAGACAUCUACGACAUCACGACAAUCUACAAGCUGCAGCGCGCCGCGUCCGGCGCCACGUCCCUCGAGUCCGGGGAGAUCAUCGCCAGGAACAACGCGCGCGGCAUGCCGCUGCGACGAGGCAACACCACGCUCAGCGUUGCGAGCGAGGAGCGCUGCUGCACCGAGUGGGAGAGCGACGGCUGGAGGAAGCUGACGACCGCGGAGGCCGCGGAGACAUCACCCAUCCUGGACCCCACACUGCGCGAGUCCGCGCAGGAUAGAGGGUUCCUGCGGCAGACGGAGCAGGGCUGGCAGGGCACGCUGGGCGCGGGCGAGACCCUCCGGCUGGACUUCACGCCGGCCAGCCACGGCGUGGGGUACCUGACGGUGCUGCUGUGCGACACGCCCUUCCCGCGGUCCUGCUGGGGGCUCACCAUCGCGGGCCACGCGCAGGGCAGGCUGCGCUACUACUGGUCGCAGCACGGCACGGAGGGCGCGAGCGGGCCCUUCUGGGUGCCCGGCGGCGGCCAGGUGACGCUGAAGACGACGGUGGACACCAAGGACGAGUCGGUGCGCGAGGAGUGGUCGCCGGUGCGGCGCUACACGCUGCUCAUGGAGCGCACGUCCGGCGGGCAGCUGCAGGCGCACCUGGUGGGCGGCGACCGCGCGCAGGAGGAGCUGCGGGUGUUCGACGUGCCGGGCCGCCGCUUCAAGCACCUGUUCGUGGACCGCUACAAGAAGGAGGGCACGCUGGCCGUGCAGGCCGACCCCGCCUGGCAGGGCCGCGUGGACGCGGGCCGCGAGCUGCCGCUGGUGUGGACCCCCGACCAGGGCGGCCGCCUCGGCAUCUUCCUGUGCACCAAGCCGCGCGGCGACUCGUGCUACGGCGCCUUGCUGACGGGGUCCGACGGCAAGGCGCUCAGGUCCACCUGGGGCAAGUACGGCGCCGCCGGCGAGCAGUCGGCCUGGAUGCCGGGGCGCGGCGACAGGGGCUCCAGGCUCACCGUCAUCAACAGCACGGAGGACUCGGUGGCCGAGGGCUGGACCGGCCCCGCCCCGCAGUACAACCUCACCCUCAAGCUGGAGGGCUGGCGCGUCGCCCUCACGCUGCUGGGCGCGGGCGGGCGGCCGAACAUCUGGGAGGUGCCCGUCGGCCACAACUACAUCGUCAUCGGCUCCUUCAAGGGCAAGGGCACAGUGGAGGUCCUCGCGGACACCAGCACGCUGUCGACGCCGUCCAUCGUGUGGCCGGUGUGGGGGCUGGAGUUCGGCCGCACGGAGGGGUCCCUGACGAGCCCGCCCAUCCGCGCGCCGCGGCAGCACCAGCUGUGCAUCGUCCUGGGCGCCAAGGUCCCCGCCGACGGGCGCCUGCAGCUGGGCUUCAAGGGCGUGGGCCCCGGGUACCGCCAGAUCACGCCCAUCAUCUCCCUCGCGCCCGGAGAGGCGUCGGUGGGCUGGGUGCAGAUCCGCAGAGUGGUGGACCUGCCCCUGGAGUUGGUGCGGCGCACGGACAAGAUCCAGCUGGUGCUCAACGCCACCACGAGCUCCGAGGAGAACGUGUACGUCCAGAUCGCGGACACGUGCAACGCGCUGGCGGACCGUGACAUCACCACCUUCGUCACGACCGCCAUCCCCGUCAGCAAGCUGUUCGGCUUCGACAUCGCCAGCUCCAGCGCCGGCGUUCCGUUUGAGGGCAAGCCCGGCCCCUGCAAGCACGGCGGCCUGCUGGACCUGGAGGCGGCCAAGUGCCGCUGCCCGCCGGGCUUCACGGGCACCACGUGCGAGGUGGGCUGCGGCAACAACCAGAUCGGCGGCGACUGCAACGAGCGCUGCUCCGACGACACCCGCGACGGCUGCGAGGGGCUGCUGGUGUGCGGCCCGGGGCUGCCCUGCACCUGCGCGUCGGGCUUCAAGGGCCCGUCCUGCGACAAGCUGUGCCCCAACACCAAGUUCGGCCCCGGCUGCAAGUUCACGUGCGGCAAGUGCAACAACGGCGCGCCCUGCGACAAGUUCACCGGCCGCUGCCCCAACGGCUGCAAGUCCGGCUUCCAGCCGCCGCUCUGCACGGAGAGCUGCGGCACGACGGGCCUGGAGCGCCAGGAGCUCAUCGUCGGCGGCGACGCCAUCAACAUCACCAGCUUCCCCUGGCAGGCCGGGCUGUACCGCCGCCAAGCCACGGCCUGGAGCAACGGCAAAUACGAGUUCCAGUGCGGGGGCUCGCUUAUCCGGGAGAACCUGGUGCUCACGGCGGCGCACUGCGUGGCGGACGUCGCCGGCAACAAGCUGUCCGCCGGGGAGUACAUGGUGGCGCUGGGGAAGACCAAGUCGGCCUGGAACCACCCGGACGACCGCGACAAGGAGGUCAAGCUCAAGGUGUACGAGAUCGUGACGGCGCCCAACUACCGCGGCUCCAGCGCGUCCUUCUCGCACGACAUCGCGGUGCUCGUGCUGGAGCAGCGCACCUCGCUCAGCCAGUACGUGACGCCCGUGUGCAUCAACUGGACGCCUGAGAACGAGAUCCAGCUGCGCUCCGAGGACGUCGGCAUGGUGGCUGGCUGGGGCGCCACGGAGAACAAGCAGGCCAGCGACACGCUGUACUCCGCCAAGCUGCCCGUCGUCAACCGGGAGACCUGCUUCAACAACCUGGAGAGGGCCCUGCACGUCUACAUCACGCCCGACAAGAUGUGCGCGGGCUACGUCGUGGUUCCAGAGGAGGGCCGGGUGGCCAGCGUGGCCAAGGGCGACAGUGGCGGCGGGCUUUGCUUCAAGGACGGGCGUGGCACGUGGUACGUCCGGGGCAUCGUCAGCCUGGGCCUCGCCAAGCACCCCGUGGGGCUGUACACGGACGUCAACUACUUCCGCGACUUCCUCACCAGCGUGCGAGACCGCGUCGUCAUCGACGAGGUGCGACUCAAGGAGCUGGUGACCAGGGGCCUCGGCCCCCAACGCCCCCAGCCAGCCUAGUCCCAGCACGCAGCCCCUCCCAACCACGCCAGUCACAUCAACACAGUCAUAUUUUUUUUGUACGGUAUCCGAGCAAUAAAGAAUACAUUUCACAUUUCCCAAGUAAAA